GGCUCCGGCAGGAGCAGGCGGGCUGUCCUCUUGGGGAGAUGGCAUCGGUACAUGCUCGAUUGUUACGCGACUAUUGAUUUGCCUCAUUCUGAGGAUUCCGGUGGCCGAGUCACCCUCCCGCAGCCUGUCCCCUCCCUCUCCCGCAGCAGGAUCUAAACGCUGCCGCUGGGCGCCCCUCCUCCUCUGGUUUCUCUGGCUCUUGGAUUCUUGAAGUUAUUAGGAGAAAUAAGGUAGCCGAUGGGGACCACAUGGAAGUUGUGACAGCUCCCAGCGGCGCGCCCCUUUCGUUUGAGCCAUUACCUCGUCUUAGGAAUUACCGCUGACACGUUGAAUGAAGGAGGUCCCGGAGCCAGCCAGCCUGCGGGGAUGGGCCACUGCUGCUGCAAGCCUUAUAUCUGCCUUCAGUGCCUGGACAAGACGAAUGAAAGUGCCCUUGUGAAAGAAAAAGAGCUGUCAAUCGAACUUGCAAACAUCAGGGAUGAAGUUGCCUCCAACACAGCAAGGUGUGAGAAACUACAGAAGGAGAAGGAAGAGCUGGAGAGGCGCUUUGAGGACGAGGUGAGGAAGCUGGGCUGGCAGCAGCAGGCGGAGCUUCGGGACCUGCAGGAGCGGCUGCAGCUGCAGUUCCAGGCAGAGGUGAUGCGGCUGCAGGAGGAGCACGGCACCCAGCUGCUGCGCAUCCGCCAGCGGCACCAGGAGCAGGUAGAGGACAUCACCGCCAGCCAUGAGGCCGCUCUCCUAGAGAUGGAGAACAACCACACAGUGGCCAUCGCGAUCCUGCAGGAUGACCAUGACCACAAAGUCCAAGAAUUGAUGUCUACCCACGAGCUUGAAAAGAAAGAAUUGGAAGAAAAUUUUGAAAAGCUGCGGCUGUCAUUGCAGGACCAGGUGGACACGCUGACCUUCCAGAGCCAGUCUCUGCGGGACCGAGCCAGACGCUUCGAGGAGGCUUUGAGGAAAAAUACUGAAGAGCAGCUGGAGGUCGCACGGGCUCCCUAUCAGCACUUGGAAGAAGACAUGGAGAGUUUGAAGCAGGUGCUGGAGAUGAAGAAUCAGCAAAUACACCAGCAAGAAAAGAAAAUUAUUGAGCUGGAAAAGCUGGUGGAAAAGAACAUUUUCCUGGAGGAGAAGAUCCAAGUUCUCCAGCAGCGGAAUGAAGAUCUCAAAGCAAGGAUCGACCAGAACACUGUUGUCACGAGACAGCUGUCAGAGGAAAACGCCAAUCUCCAGGAGUACGUGGAGAAAGAGACCCAGGAGAAGAAGAGGCUGAGCAGGACCAACGAAGAGCUGCUUUGGAAGCUCCAAACUGGGGACCCAACCAGCCCGAUUAAACUCUCCCCCACGUCCCCGGUUUACCGCGGCUCCUCCUCUGGGCCCUCCUCGCCAGCCAAAGUCAGCUCGACGCCCAGAUGACGUCACCACGCAGCCCUGGGAGCUGAGCUCCUGGUGUCCCCUGUGGGAGUCCAGCCCCCGGCCGGCCUGCAGGCCCUGCGCGCAUGCUCAGUAGCUGCACAGCGCAUCCUCGCGGAGCUCUCUCCUGAGCCGCGUGUGAGACUGCCCCAGUAUUGACACUUAGGAAAGUAUUCACGGUAGUGUCUCCUGUGCAAACGUUUGACCGUAGUUAGAGCCAAAAGAAAGAAGCUCCAGUUGUUCUUGAGCGAAGAACUUUCACUGCAGAAUUUCAGGUUAGGACAAAGAGCUCAGUUUUGAAUUUACACUGAAUAACCAUUCUGUACUGCACCGAUGUGUGUGUAUAUUUAGAUUUACAUAUAUGCACACUGAGGCCGUUCCGAAUUGCAUUUUUUAUAACACGAAGUGCUGACAUAUUUUGGUGAAGGUCAGCAGUUUUCUAACUUGUGCCUAAGAAUAAUUGGGAAAUGAAAAUGCAUUUCUAUCUAGCUUUCCAGGAAUAUUUCUACCCAAAAUACAAAAAGGAAAAAAAAAAAGAUACAGAGAAGAAGCGCCUUUCAACCUGCCACCAAGUGGUACUCUUUCUAACACAAACACCAGCGAAAUGUGAACGGUAACUGCCUUUGGAACGAUCAGCUUCUUAGUCAACAUGAUGUGAGAUCACUAUUAUUCCAUUCGCAGGUUUUAAUUAAUGUUCCUGUCGUGAGUGGAGAGGGAGAGCGGUGGGAAACCUUGUGGAGUUUAGCAGCUUCAUGGAUGCUACUCAUGAUAGUGAAUCACCUAUAGUCUUGUAAACACAAUUUUUGCUUUUUUCCUAAAUGACAUCUUGGAAUCUGUCAUUCAGCUGUUGCACCCUUAGGAAAAUACAGAAGAGCAUGACCUUCUGGAGUGAGGAUGAGGAUGACUUUGGAGUUGACCAAGACCAUUCGCCCUCUGUCCUCAAGAAGGGGAACUGCUGAUAGGGUCUGUUGACCAAGUACAGAGUAGGAAAUCUCCGGCAUUCCACGUGGUUUGCUCUGAUCUGAUGCUGCUAAUGCUCAGCUUACCGAUAUGACCCUCAGGCCCCCAUUUCAUAGCAACCUCCCCUUCCGUUUGGUUCAAUAACUCAGCCCCAUCACUGUACAUUGAGGUGGCUCAGGGGUUCUAGCAGAGGCUCCCAGAAAACCAAUCCUUCCAUCCUAGAGGACCAGUUCCACACUGUGCCUAAAGCAUCACAUGAUCUCCCGGGAACCCAUGUAUAUUUUCUGCAGGAUCACCGAGCAAUGCCACAGCUGACAGUGGUUCCAUCUUAGGCUUAGGAGGUUCUUCCACACAGAGGGGCCCAUUGAAACAGCCAGCCAGUGGUCACUGGCUUCUGGACUGGCAUUUGUCUCUGAAAUGGUAGACUUAGAGUGUGAAAGGUAUACCUAUAGUGCUGUGGAAGUUUAGGAGCAUGACGCCCAAAAGAAGGAAGUAGUUUAACAGUUGAUAGGUGAUGCUAAUGAUGCCUUUGUUUCCUGUUUAUGACAGAAAUCCUGCACUUUCCUCCCUAAGGUCCCUUGAACUUGUCCUUAGCACAGGGCUGUCUUUGAGCAUGACCAAGGAAAGCAGACCCAUGCAGGGAUGUCCGUGGUGGGGAACAGACGGCCCCAGAAGGAAGGGGUUGGCUUGCCCAGGGCCCAGCCUACUCGGCCCAUGUGUGGCUGGCACAAAGACAGACCUGGUCUGUGUUCCCUGUAGGAGUCAAGGUUGGGCUUCUUGGCCUCAGGUCAAUCUCCUUUCUAGCAAACCUCCAAGGGUCCUUGCCCAUCCUGGGGACAUACACAGUAGAUACCCACUGAACAAACAUUUCUCUUUUCCUUUCGUGGCUCUGCAUGACACUGUGAUAUUGAGUUGGGCAUUCCAUUAUGAUAGAUCAUGCCACGUUGACGAAGUACACAUUUAUUUUUUAGCAGGCACUCCCUGCAAACAUCAGUUCAGCGGGAGCUCAGCACUCCGAAUUAGGAACUGCGUCCAUAACGGCAUGUGCUAAAUGCAGUUACACAGCAAUACAGAUUUUAGUGUUCUGUUAGGAUGUGCUACAGUGUGUCCGCCUAUUGCGGUCAAAGGUGUAGUGAUGUUAGCACUAAGUAACCCCUCUCCAGGUGACUGGAGCUCUGCCCUGACCAGCCCUGACCUUGGGCACUUGGGCUAAUUCCCACAUUGUCCUGGCUUCCUUUCUUCAUCAUGGACACCCAUCACAUCUGGCUCUUAUCCUGGAACACGAGGGGUGGCAGUGGCUGUGCCCCCCGUUCGCCAUGCCACCCCCACGCCAUUAGGACAUGGACCUCUCUCAACAUGGAAGUCCAGUUAUCCACCUCCCAGGAUGGAGAUGUCUGUUCCCACAGACAGAUGCUGCAGCCACCCCGCCUGCCUCAGACAGACCCACCGAACCUCACCAGCCUCUUCUUGGCGUUUGGGAGCCACAUCAGUGCCCUUUCCCAUCCCCAGCCUCACCCCACACUGGGAAGGGUUCAGGCUGGUUCAGGGCGGGAGAGAAGCUGGUGGGCUGGCACACUGGGUGAUUGUUUGGGGGUCACACGUUCCUUACCUGGCCCCUACAGUUUCUGUGUUGCAUAUUUGUGUUUGAAGCAUAUUAAAAUUAACUCAAGGGAA